GUUUAUAGAGUAUUCCCAUGCUUGAACUCUGUUCGAUGUUUCUUUUAGGUUAUCAUUUCAGCUGAAAGGUGUUUUCAUAAAUGGCAGUGAUAUAUCAAUGAAGUAGGUUAUGUCUGUAGUAUAUGGAUUAUGAUAUUUCGUAGAACAUACCAUGAAUGGUAUUGAAGUUUUACAGUGUUCCAAAACGAGUGACACUAUAAAUUAAGCCUGUUUUACACUUCAAUCAUAUCGGAACGUACCUGUACCAUAGCGUUUUCGUUUCAUUCAGUGUCGUUAUAAUUCUGCCCGAAUGCUCACAAAACGAAAUCCGCUACGGUUCGUUACAGGCAGGGCCGCCGAGAGCUUUUCGGGGGCCUGGGGCAAAUUUGUUUCGGGGGCCCCUAUUCCCAAUUUACGGCAUUUUCGUCAUUCGUGACAUGUAAACCAAAUAUCAAACAUGUUUGAUAUUUUUCGUCAUUCGUGACAAAAAAAUUCUCGUCAAAAAAAUGAAGCUUAAAGCCCGCCGCACACGAGCGCACUUGUCGCGCGUACUUGUUAUUCGUGACAAGUUGGAUCGACAAAAUUUCCUCGUGUGCGGGCAACAUUUACGGCAUUUUCGUCAUUCGUGACAUGUAAACCAAAUAUCAAACAUGUUUGAUAUUUUUCGUCAUUCGUGACAAAAAAAUUCUCGUGUGCGGCGAGCAAACGACAAGCGCGCCUGAAUAGGAAAAUUUGCGCAUGCGUGCAACUUACAGAAUUAAAAACAAGAUAUGAGCUCGUGAUUUUGAUCCGCCAUGUUGUUUUUAAUUCUGCAAGUUGCACGCAUGCGCAAAUUUUCCUAUCCAGGCGCGCUUGUCGUUUGCUCGCCGCACACGAGAAUUUUUUUGUCACGAAUGACGAAAAAUAUCAAACAUGUUUGAUAUUUGGUUUACAUGUCACGAAUGACGAAAAUGCCGUAAAUGUUGCCCGCACACGAGGAAAUUUUGUCGAUCCAACUUGUCACGAAUAACAAGUACGCGCGACAAGUGCGCUCGUGUGCGGCGGGCUUAAACUCUCUACUAUUUCCUGCGCGGUUGAGCGGUUAAAUUGUAACAAUUUACUUAUUCUCCAAAACGAUUAUUGGAGGUUUGGGGGAUAUAAAAUAUAAAUUACGUAAAGCAAUGGCAGCCAUUUACCGUGUUCCCUUUAUCAAUUCCAUACAUAAUCCAUAGGUUUUUGGGAUAGCCUUCCAAACUUGCAUAAGUAAUUAUAUAUAAUCUUUAGUAAAAUAAUAAUCAUAACAUCAAUUUAUAUCACAUGUAUUUCCAAUCUUUUUAGCAUAAUGUUUAACAGAUCAGGGAUCCGUUGGUGGUGUGUGUCCAUUGCAAUUUCUGGUGAAAUAGAAGGAGAAAGUAUUGAGGCUUCCUACGACUGCAAGGAUAAAUUAGAUGUACCAAUCGACAAAUCUUUUGCUUGCCAACUAUACCUGAACUUUACUGACGGUAUAAAAGAUAAAAAUCAAUCUCGUUUGACGUUUGAUGGUCUUCAGGUAAAAUUCUAAUACGAGGAGCAAAAUGACUACAACUUGCAAUAAAUCUUAUUUCAAUACAUGUUAGUUAAAAAUAUUUGAGAAUGUUGUCUCGUGUUUUUAAUUAAUGCGUUUAAUUAAUGUUUUAAUUUAACGUUUUAAUUAAUGUUUUUAAUUGAAUAACAUGGGUUGAUUUCAAAAUCGGGGUAGGUAUUUUUCGAGUUAAGCCCUUCGAGUUAAGCCCUUUCCGAGUUAAGCCGCUGCCACGCCCUUUUUCGCCGGGGGCUUAACUCGAAGUCAAUUAACGAUUUAAGCAUUCGAGUUAAGCCCCGACAUUUGGUGGAUGUAAACUAAACAAGUGACGCGUGUAUACUCGCAAAAAUAUUGGCAAAUAAGGAUCGAGGGAAAAUGUAAAAUUUCAGCAAUUUUAAGAAAUAUAUUUUACUAAGAUCUCUGUUUCUUUGCCUACAGUUUUAUACAGACAAUGAUGCCCUAGAAUGAGAGAACUCAACAAGGAUUUGUAAACAACAGCUCAUUCCGGGCGGCAAUUACGGCUUUAAAAAAUAAAUAAUAUACAGGGUGUAUAAAAAAACGAUAAUCGAACUUCAACGCGCUAUAAAUAUUUGAAUUAUUCUGCGUAUGAACGCGAUUUUUUCAUCUUUGGAAAGAUCGGGCUUUUAGCUGUCGAAUGAUAUGUUCUUCACGCCAAAUGGACAAAAAAUAAGCAAGUACGAGUCUGAUAAAAAAUUCUAGUCAGAAUCGCAUAUUUUCACAGUUGAGAGUUGGGUCUAAAACCAUUGAAAAUUAAAAAAAGUUAAAAACAAGUUUUAAGCGAAAAUGCUAACGCAAAGUCGAGAAAAUUACGUCCCGAAGCUGGAUCGAACCCAGGAACUAGAACGCAGCAGUCGCACGCCGAACCUUCUGAGCUGCUGUCAAGCUCGCUGAAGUCCUUCUAAAAGAACUCGUUAUAUAUCACUGCAAUGUUAUAGUGACUACCAGUCAUUUAGUUUUUUCAAAACUGUUCUCUGACGGGUUCUUGGCAAGAUGAGUUACUUGGUUAUGUCACCGGAAAACUAUAAACGAGUUUACAUAACAUUCUAGUCAUAGAUCUUGUCGUUGCCGAGUAAAUCAGUUAGAAAGGUAGCUUGCCUCCAUAUGAACAUGCCUGAGAUUUGCGUUCUGCAAGUGCCGUUAUAUAUUAUUUAUUUUUCAAAGCCGUAAUUGCCGCCCUGAAUGAGCUGUUGUUUACAAAUCCUUAUUGAGCUCUCGCAUUUCACGAUGUCAUUGUCUGUAUAAAACUGUAGGCAAAGCAAAAGAGAUUUUAGUAAAAUAUAUUUCUUAAAAUGCUGAAAUUUUACAUUCUCCCUCGAUCUUUAUUUGCCAAUAUUUUUGCGAGUAUACACGCGUCACUUGUUUGCAUCCACCAGAUCUCGGGGCUUAACUCGAAUGCUUAAAUCGUUAAUUGACUUCGAGUUAAGCCCCCGGCGAAAAAGGGCGUGACAGGGGCUUAACUCGAAGGGCUACCCCGUUAAAAUCAGUUUUUAAGUUGCAAGUUUUAGGCAAUUUUGUUUCUCAGAUUACUUCAUCUUUCAGCGCGUGACGUUUUUGUCAACAUAAACGAACGUGAAAACUGCACAUAUUAUAUAGAUUGAUGUUCCUAAUUCCAAGGAAUAAAUGUUAUCACUGUUUAUUAUUAGCAUGACAAAAUUACUGGAUGCUGAUUGGUUGAGAGGAGUACAAUUAUUUCAGUACAAUUAAUGAUUUUCUCAAAAUAAACAAAAUGGCGGAAAGGUAUUUUAAACACAAAUGUGAAAUGAAAUUGUCCUAGAGGAACCAGAUGAAAACACAAACAAAAGCACCAACUUUUGCUUUAACAAAAGAACUAAAUGAAAAUGCGAACAAAAGCACCAAAUUUUGGUUGAAUGUCUGGCAGGACUGGGCUUUGGCGAGAGAAUAUGAUGUUGACAUUGAUAAGUAUCCAGUUUUGUCAUGCUAAUAAUAAACAAGUAAUCAUGCGAUGUUGCUUGUGAUGUUUGGAAAUUUGUCAAAUUGGACUCGCCCCGGCGGCUCGUCCAAUUUUGGCAAAAUUUCCAAACAUCACUCGUACUAUUAAUCCCUAAUUGUACUCGCCAUCGCAUGAUUACCUGUACUAAUUGUUGGUUUGGGAUAAAGCGGGGAUCCGGAACGCUGAAGCAGAAUUGCGGAAGCGGAAUGGGGAUAAAACGUAGAAUUGGGGAUAAAACGUGAAAUUAAAUGUCAAAACAUUAGGUUGGUGGUAUAUGUAGCUGCUGAACGUAUUCGACAGUAUAAAAUAUCGAAAUAUUAUUAUACAUCCUCAUUCCGCAAUUCCGUUUCCGCAAAUGUUUUAUCCCAACCCGUUCCAGUGUUGCUAAACUAAUAAUGGCCCGAUUUUAUACAUUGGACGUUUUUUAUGACUAAACCUGUCAGCCUGGUUGUUGACGUGUUGGGCACGUAUCUAACCUAUUAUCACGGAGGUAUGGUUUUCGAGAAACGCGUACUUUCUACCAUGUUUCGUACGACUAUCCGUAAAAUACAUAAAAAACUUCGACGUUUCGAGCAGCGUGUUCUGUUUUUCCAUUUUAUUCUCAUGCCGCUUCCGCAAUUACGCUUCCGCAAUAGACCAUUUGCAUUAUAGACUAAAUUUUGAUCUAGACAAAAAUUUCAUCACAGCUUGAAAGAGCAUCACAAAAUUAGUAAUAUUCCAAAGUUUCGUUGCGAAAUGUUGUAAAAUGCGGAUAAUAUAGCCUUGCGAAGUUUGCCGUUUUUUCAGUCAUUUUGUAUUAAAAAUUGACAGCCCAAUCGGGUGUUGGGGCAUUAAUUCCCUGUUUGUAAUACAAAAUGACUGAAAAUUUAAAAUUUCGCAGGGCUAUAUUAUCCGCAUUUUUCAACAUUUCGCAACGAAACUUUGGAAUAUUGCUAAUUUUGUGAUGCUCUUUCAAGCUGUGAUAAAAUUUUUGUCUAGAUCAAAAUUUAGUCUAUAAUGCAAAUGGUCCAUUACGCUUCUGCGAUUCCGGAUCGCCGCUUUAUCCCAAACCAACAAUUACCAGUGAUAACAUUUAUUCCUUGGAAUUAGGAACAUGAAUCUAUAUAAUAUGCAGUUUUACGUUCGUAAAAGGGGCUUGGGUGGCGCAAUCGUCAGAGCGCGUGCCUUUUAUCUGCCCGAGUGGGUUCAAAUCCAGUUGGGGACGAAAAGAGUCCGUCAACGCUCUGCCGAAACUACUAGAACGAACAGGCCCUAAGAAAUACUUUAUACUCAAGAUCCACCUAUUAACACCGCUUUCAAACACUCAUCAAUAAUUCAUAAGCUUAUUGGCAAAUCAUGUCAACCAUAAUAUGUCACGUGCAGUGGCUUUAAACCUGAUAAAACCAAUGGAUAAAACACUCCUAAUUAGUAUUCUUUAUAUAAAGAAUACUAAUAAGACAGUAUAUCUAUUGAAAUUGUAGUCGUGUUUGAAGCCGUUUAAUAAACUCGCAGGUCGUGUUUUAUUAGGUCUAAAGCCACUCGCGCUGCGCACUCGUGGCUUCAAACCUAUAAUAAAACACUCCUGCUCGUUUAUUAAACAGUACAUAAAACGUCCGCGUAUUUACUGCUUGGCGCUUGCACUCAAAAGACUGGCACUAUACUAGUAUUCUGUGUUUGAAUAAAUCUGUGUUUGAGUAUACUGAGUAUUGUUUUAACGAAGCUCUAGUAAAAGGUUUAAAGAAAAUUACGAGAGUUUAAACUUAUAGUAUAUAGCUUCGUCUUGACAAAUGGAAAAAGCGGUGAAAUUCUCUACCUUCUACUUGUAAUUAUCUGCAUUGUUUGCAUGACCGUAUUCUCAAUAUACAAGCUGCCCUCAGUACGAUAAAUUUCUACCAUUCUUGCGUUCUAGUUGCAACCUUAUGGUGUAAAAAACGAGACGUUUGCAAAUUCCUACGACUGUGUUGGAUUCUUCACUCCUGCAAUAUGGAUGGGUCUAAUCUCUGUUGGUGUACUUGUCGCUAUUUUAUAUGGCGGAAUGUUGGCGCUUCUCAGCAUUAAGUCCAUGGACAGAUUUGAUAAUCCUAAAGAUCCUCCUCUUGUCAUAAACAGUGAAUAGUUGCUAGGGGGUCGCGGGGGCAUAGCGAAGGAUUAUAUAAUUGCUUAUUGGGAUACUGAUCUCUGUUUUGUCAAGGAAAAUUACAAUUUGCUUGUAUAAACGCCCUAGGAUAGACAAAAAAAGAGAUGCGUUUUAGCUUGCCUGUAGGAAAAGCGAAAAGCAGUACAGUGUCGGAAGAAACUUCUAAUUUGAAAGGAACAAUAAAAACAGAAUAAUUAUAACUUCGCUAUGCUCCUGUUGUUUGGUAUGUUUUCUUCAAUUACUUGUUUUGCAUUUGAAAUAUCCAUGCAGUGGUAUUUAGUCUUAAUGAAUAAAAGUUAUAAUUGUAGUUAGAUGGGAUUGAUUUCUUUAAUAAAUGUUAUUACUUUGUUCGCUGACAA